AUGCGUUCCAGCUUUGGGCUUAUAUGCGCCGCCGCUCUGAUGGGCAUUGCACCCGGGUGCCAGGCCGCCGACACUGCCUCGUAUAAAGAUGCCGAGACUGGCUUUACUUUCUCUCAGUAUAAUGCUCAGUAUACAAUCGGCCGCUCAAUCACCUAUCGCAUUGCGGUGCCGAGUCCUGUCCCGGCAAACUCAGCCUAUGAUGUCGUCCUCCAGGUCGUUGCUCCUAAUGAAGUCGCCUGGGCUGGCCUGGCCUGGGGCGGCAGCAUGAUCGCCAACCCCCUAACUGUUGCUUGGUCAAAUUCUCCCAACGUCGUCGUCUCCUCCCGCUACGCCACCCAGCAUGCGGCGCCCUCAGCUUAUGCCGAUGCCUCGUACGAACUGUUCAAGCCCGGAACGCACGUGAACAGCACUCAUUGGCAAUAUACGGUCAAAUGCACCGGUUGCACGUCUUAUAAUACUGCCACCGGCUCCCGCCGCAUCCUCAACCCUUCAGGUGCAAAUCGCCUCGCAUUCGCAUAUUCAGGCACCCGGCCCGCCAACCCAUCAUCGAAUGUCUCCAGCAUCUCUGUUCAUGAUGUAUACAACUAUUGGUCCCACGACUUUUCUAUAGCCGGAAAUCCUGAUUUCUCCUCCCUCAUGGUCAGGAACUUAGGGCACGCCUAA